AUGCCACCGAAAAAAAGGCCGUCGGCGCCAAAUUCAAAUUCGGCCCUGACAAGCUUCGGGUUCACAGCCAAAAAAACUACAAUAGAAGAAUUAGGAUCAGAAAAUCUGGGGCUAGCGCUAGCCACAGGUAGCCAGGCGCCCACUAGCUCCACCGAUGCCGUGACCAGGGCUACAACAAGUCAUCAUGAUGUUGCUGCUGGCCCUGGGGCACUUACCCAUGAUGACGUCGAGGAGGAAUUGGACGAAGAUGAAGAGCCGGUGGAGACGGGGUCCGGGUCGGGGACCGCUAUGAUGGAGCUGGAACACCACCGCCUUCCUAAGAACUGGGGACUCAGUCAGUGGCGAUCGUGGAAGGAAAGAAAUCCAUGGCUGUGUGCAAGUGAGUGUGGUCUUGGAUGCCCUGCCUGUCAGGCAGCAAAAACUCUGUUGCUCCAUGAUAAAAAGACUGGGAUGCACAUUUCAGAUGCAUGGGUUAAUGGGACCGUUAGUAGCCCGCUACAAAAGCAGCUACGUAAAAAGAUCUACCUGCACCGUGACAGCCUUGCUCAUAAAAGAGCAGUGGAAAUAGCAGAUCUCAAACAAAAAGAUGUUCUGCCCAACAAAGUUGAAGAGAUGAGUUCGGCUUUCAUUGACGUUACAUCAAGCUCAUUUAGGGCAGCGUACACUGUAGCAAAAGAGAGAUUGCCAUACAGCAAAAUGACGCCGAUCAUGAAACUGAAUGAGCUUAAUGGUGCGAAAGUGGGCCCCGCUCACCGCUCUGAUCACUCCUGUGCUGCUAUUGUGGAGCAUGUAGCAGAUGAAAUGAAGAAGAGACUCGUUUCCCAUGUUUUGGCACUUGAUUCACGUAUCAGCAUCACGCUGGAUGAAAGCACUGUGCAUGGACGCUCCUACAUGAUUAUCUACAUGAGGUGCGAUGUUACAGGUAAUGGAGAUGUAGAGAACGUUUUUUUGGACAUAGUUGAGUUGGAAAAGGGGGAUGCAGCAUCUAUUUACAAUGCGCUAAAAGACAGUCUUCAAAAGGUGGGGAUAGAGGCAGAAUUUCUGAAAAGGAACUUCAUUAGUAUAGCCACAGACGGAGCCGCUGUGCUUACUGGUAGGCAUACAGGACUCAUUCAAAAACUUCAACAAGACUUCCCUAAACUGCAAGGUGUGCAUUGCCUGGCACACCGAUUCGAAUUAGCUGUUACUGACUCUUUGAAAGUUGUGUCAGGGUGCAAUCAUUUCGAAAUUUUCAUUUCAAAGCUUCAUAGUCUGUACCACCAAUCAACGAAAAUCGCAAAGGAGCUUGAGAAAGCUGCUGUAGAGCUCAACAUGCAGAUUCUGAAAAUCGGGAAAGUCUUCACCAUAAGGUGGGUGGCAAGCAGUUUCCGAACUGUUAAAGCUGGGGUGAAGGAUUUUCCUGUGUUGGCACACCACUUUAGAAUGGCCAGCGAAGAUGACUCGCGUACCGGUGUGGAGAGGACCAAGUAUGGUGGCCUACUCAAGCAUCUGAUAUCCACUGGUUUCCUCUUAGAUCUGGCAGUAAUGAAAGAUGUGCUACGUGAACUGCAGGGGCUCUCCCUGAGACUACAGAGAAGGGACACGUCUCUGGUGGAUGCCAGCAGAUAUGUUCACCAAACCAUCGAGGUACUGUCUGCCAUGAAAGAAGAUGCAGGUAAAACGGAAUACAAGAUUCACGCAGGCAUAACAAGUGGUCAGUUUAAAGGCGUUGUGCUCAGGGAAACGCAGCCUAAGAUCAACAAGCCCCAGUUUUAUCAGUCCAUCCUUGAUAAUCUCAGAAAACGUCUUCCUGACAGUGAACUUAUUGCCAUGCUCAAGCCUUUAGAUCAGCACUUCUGGCCCUCAGAGAGGUCUGACCUAGUGCUGUUUGGAGAGCGCGAAGUGGGGAGAUUCGCAAAACUCCUCGGUGAAUCCUCCACUGAGGCUAUCGAGGAAUUCCGGGAUUGGAAGCUUCAAGGUUCUCAGGGGAAGACUCUUAAUAAACUUAUCGUCGCAUGCCGCACUGUACUCCCGACCUCAGCUGAGUGUGAAAGGGGUUUCUCGGCUUGCAAUGACACAGACGAUAAAACUAGGAACAGACUGCGUGCCCCGAGCCUCACUGCCCUGCUGUUCAUAGACUUGAAUGGACCUCCUAUCGAGAAAUUUAACCCUGUGCCGUUUGUUCUGUCAUGGCUAAAGAAAGGACACCGGACAUCAGCAUCAUGGAUUCCUGGACCCAGGCCCCAGCCAGCUGAGAGCAGGGCAGUUUGGUCUGUUUUGUCUCCGUAA